AACUACUAGUGCCAUCUGGCGAGCAGCGGCGGCCGUAGAAGCGCGGCGGACGUCUGGUUCCUGUGCGGGUUUUCUAUCAGUUUGACGAUGAUAAGUGUAUGUAUCACUUAAUUAAGGCCCAGAACACUGGCUACGCUUGUCCUCGGUAACACGGGAAGCCGAAAACUACUCAUCUGCUUCGUUCAUCACAGCAAUGGCAGACUAUGAUUCAACGCCGUCGCCUGUAUUGGAGGAGGAUUUCGAAGAGCUCAAGAAACGACUAAAGAUGAUAUUUGAUGCCGACCCGGAGCAGUAUCACAAUGACUACUCCAUCAAAAGGUUUCUGAGAGCCUUUCGCACCGUCGAUGCCGCAUUCCAGGCAAUUCUUAAGUGCAACAAGUGGCGUACUGAAUAUGGCGUCAAGUCUAUCAGUGCAAAUGACCCGGAUAUCAAAAGAAACAUUGAAGCAAAGAAGGCCAUGGUUCUCCCCAAUCGGGACUUCUAUGGCAGGCCCGUCAUAUAUAUCCCUGCCCGCAAGCAUAACGUACAAGAGCGGGAGAUAGACGAAUUGACUAGAUUCAUCGUGUACGUUUUGGAGGAGGCGUGCAAGAAAUGCUUCGAAGAAGUGGUCGAUAACCUGUGCAUCAUCUUUGAUCUUAAGGAUUUUGGCCUUAACAGCAUGGACUAUCCGCUUAUCAAAAACCUCAUCUGGCUGCUUAGCAAGCACUAUCCUGAACGGCUGGGCAUCUGUCUCAUUCUCAACUCGCCUGCAAUUUUCUCGGGGUGCUGGAGUGUCAUCCGCGGUUGGCUCAACGAGGUCACAGCGAAAAAGGUGGUGUUCAUAGGCAGUCAAGAAGACUUGGUGAAGUACGUCCACCCAGACAUACUGCCCAACCUCUAACGGAGGAACGCUUCCCUAGAGAGAACCAUUAGGGAUCACAACACAGCCGUCAGCCACAUCAUCCACAACCCAGUCUCCUUUCACAAGCACCUGUGGCCACGGGUCGGGGCCAGAGGAUGGCAGCAGCAAGACAAUGUGUGCAACCCCACAUGGAUUCCAGUCCCUUUGUUUUUGGUCACUUGAACUUAGCUAUUGAGCCACAUCAACAAGUUAACCAUGCGACACUUCGUUGGCAGCUUCAUAUAAUGAGCAUUGAACUGGUUUUUAUUUGUACACCCAUACGUAUGUGUUUGUUGGCGACUGCAGUACAAUUAUUGUUAUGCUGGCAGAGGUGUUGUAUAUGAUUUUAUUGCCAAACAAGCCAUUGUGACAAGUUGUAAACGAAAAUGCUCACACCAUGUUCAAAGGCAUGACUUGGUGCAGUUGCUUUGUGCAAGCCAUUUAGCGUCGCAAAUGUGUACAUGUGAACAGAGAAUUUCGCUUCAGAACUGGUUGAGCAGUAAUAUCUGCUUGCUAUGAUCUGCAGUUGUUUCAGUUAAGGCAUGUUAUGCUUGCUUCAUUAUGGUCUAAGUGGGGGGAAGGUCUCUCCCAGCACAAGUUUAGCUUGGAAUUGAUAUCUGCACUCAACUGUGUGGUUGAACGAGAAAAUUGUCUUGCAUGCCUGAAAUGAUUUAAGCACAUAGGAAGCAUAUUUAUAUAACAGUUCAAAUACCGAUAUAUGCUACACUUAUUUUACGUUUCAAAAUUCUUGCAUAUACAAUUGGAAAAAGUGCUUCUGAAAAAUCUGUACUAAAAGCUGCUUUACGGGUGGCGAUUCUCAGUGCUUCUUGCACAUUUGUUUACGGAGCCUCUAAAUCUUGCCAACUGCAAUGGUCGUUUAAGGUCAGUAUGGAUUUCACAGGGAAAGAGCAUGUUGUGGUGCAUGAGCACGGUAAAAUAAAAGGAAUUGGCAUUAAGAAGCAAUGGCAAAGUAUGGACUCGGUGUUCCUGCUGCUUUGUUUUAGUGUUCUGAAAAAGUCAGUGUUCAGUUGAAAUUUGUUCAAGCUUUCAGAGAAACCCUCUGCAACUCAUAAUCAAUAUAUUAACAUUUUGUGCAUGUUGUUAUUGAAAGGAUGGAAGCAGCCUUGUCAACACCGAGGCAGGCUACCACAGACAACCAUGGAAUGUGGACCUCCUCUAUGUGCACACAAUAGGCUUGCAGAUUUGUUCAUGCAAGUCUGCAUCAAUGCAUGACUGGACGAUGGAAUUAGUUGAAAGCAGUUUUGCUCACUGGCAUUUUGGGGUAUCUUGGUUGAAUACUUAGGUUGCAAGAGCCAAUUGCCAAUAUAUUAGGUGGUUAUUCACACAGCAUUAAAAAAAAAAAAGCAAUUACGAGCCAGUUCGAGCAUACCCUUGCAUCAUUUAGAAGUGUUUGAGGGGCCCUUAAUAUACAUCUACUCAUUACUUGCUCGCAACCUGCUUCUAAAGAGAACAUUACGAAGUGUGCAUGCAAUGCUGCAACAUGGCUCUUUGGAUGUUUAUUUUUGGUAAGCAGCUUCCUGGGCAUCUACAAUUUCUUAAAGAGCUUCUUCUCUGACCAAACUACUGUGCAUUCUUGUGGGAAUGAUGGUGAAAGAAGUUGCCAGUCCCCACCUACUUGUGAAGUGCCAGGCUUUCACUUGCACUGUUUGCUUCUUGAAAUGGGCUUUACUUACUUUAUUUGUGGCACAGAACGCUGUUGUUAAAAACGCUUCAUUAUUGCGGUCUGAGAUCGAGUGCUGAUUAUGUGGUCCCAGUAGACAGCCAACCCUUAUCUGAAGGUUCUGGGUGGCAUUUGUCACUUCGCAGUUAUGUUGUGUGUGCUCUUGAGCAUGGUACAA